UUUGCGAGGAAGGAGACUGUUGUGCCAAAAAAUUCAUCGUCUUCUCGUCUGAAUGCAAACUGAAGAAACAUGAUAAAAAAAGAUCAUGGAGGUCUCAUGUCACAGAUUACAAUUGAUUCUAAGGUAUGUGAUGGGUCUACUAAUGAUGCAAUGGCAAUACUUGCACCCCAGUUUUCGCCUGCAGCUUUUUUUGUUAGCAUCAACCAUCAUCUACUUAUCCAAGUCCUGGUUCUUCACCAAAUUGUGUUGCAUCAUCGUCUACAUGUCAUAAUAAUUGAGCCAUGCCUAUCAGACCAAUACAAUCCAGUUACACAAGUUUAGUUCAAGCAAGACCAGCCACAUCCACAAGUUCUUCAUGCAGCACAAGUAGUCCUUUGUCUGCUCCAACAAGCUCUUCCCACCACAACACAGUUUGCUCUGUGCCAAAAAACAAAAAUUUUCUUCUUCUCCUACUUUUGCUUCUGUUUUUGCAACACAAAAGCAUGAGUUGCAAGACCUUCAGGCUGCAAACAAGUCUUUGGUGGAAAUGAUUGGUGUUGCAUUAGAGUGCAAUGAGGAGAAAUACCGGGCUUUCAACUGCACAACUGCAGGGUUUCGUGAGGGUGUCACUUCAGCAGCGGAAUAUUUGGGGUAUGUAGGGCAAUAUGGGCUUUCACAUCUGGUCUCAGAACCGGCUAGAGUCUGUCCUGAUUUAUUGAAGCAAAAAGAACUUCUGGACACUUACAAUUACAAUGCCAAUUUCAGGCCUCUGCCCUCCAAAGAGAGAAAUACUUCUUCCAGGAAAGGUAAAGAGAAGUGUGAAGCUGUUGUUGCUGCUGCUGAUGAGGAGGAGGAGGAGGAGAGAGAUUCAAAGUCUCAAGUAGUAGUAGCAGGAGGGUGCAGCAGCAGCUCUAGUAGUGAUGUGGAAGGAAAUCAGAGAAAAAGGAAAACAACAACAAAGAUUAUUCGAUUUGGGGAUGGUUCAAUGGGUGUGCUGUUAGACCUUAAACAUUCAGGUGAAGAUGUUGACCUUAUUGCUGGGAAGACACUACUACUUCGCGGUGUUUGGAGGAAAGGGGGAGGGCAGAGGUUGGUUGCAAUGACUCUAGUGGUACAGUAACAACAAUCAAACCCUCCAUCACGACGUAUAUUUUUUUGAAGUAUAUGGUAUUAUUGUUCGUAGUUAAAGCUUCAAGGCUUUAAAAUUCUUCUUCUUGUUGUUGUUGUGGAUUGGAUUCUUCCUAAAUCCUGACACUUUUCCAUGCUUGCUUAUGCUGUCUGUGAUGUCCUGUAACUGUAAGAGAUUGCGAGCAGGGUCAAGUGAGGCUUUUAGCAUUGGAUGUC